AACCUUCAAAAUAUGAACAGAAGAAAAUGGCAAUUUGUUUUAUUUGAUGGUAUUAUCCUAUGACAGUUUGUUGUUGUUUUUUCUGAUCUUGAGACCUAUGUCUCCCACUGCCUAUGGGGUCUCUUGGAGUUCCACAGUCAUCUUGGCCCCAAUCAGACACUGUUUCUCUCCUGUUUAAGAUCUUUCCACGGAUUCUCAUCACCUACAAAAUAAAAUUGAAGCUCCUAGGCUUCGUUCAUAAGCCCCUCUGUGAUCUGGUCCCAGCAUACCUUUCUGCCCGUAAUGAUCAUUUCCUUCCCUUCGGAAUACUCAAUCACUAAUAAUUCUCUCUCACAUUACAUUUGCAUCGCUGGGCUUUGUCUCAUUACAUGAAACUCAGGUUCCAUCUUUGUUGUCUGGCAAAAUUACUUACUCAGGACUCUGGUUGGGCAUCCCCUGCAGGGAACAAAACCUUCACUAACCCCACCACUGUCCUAAACAUCCUUCGUCUGACCUCUCACAGUGCUCUAUGGGUUCCUCUUUUUUUUUUUUCACUUUUCAUUUUAUAUUUAAAUGAUGUUUAUUUGUCCAUUUCUCACAUUAACAAUCUAAGCUGGGAGAGGCUAGAUCAGAUCAUAGUUACCUUUGUAUCCCUAGAGCUUAGGUCAAUACCUGGCAUAGAACAUUGUUUUCUUAUUUAAAUGAAUUGACUUUCUUCUGGUUGGUUUUGUGCGGAGGCCCUGUCACUAACCUCGGUCUUUUAUCUCAGAAGUUGAAGGUCCCCCUAGAGCCAGCUGCAAGGUUCCCAAAGCUCUAAGAACACCACAGCCCAUGAAGUACAGAGUAGGCUGUCCUGAGUCCGUGUCCCAAAACACAAAGUCCAGGGGUUGGAUCAGGAGCAGAAGAAGAAGAAUGGAAGCGACACCACCCAGAUGCCUGUUUCUGUUAUUUCUCUUCACGUGCAAGCUGUCCCCAGAUGUUGCUGCAGAAAUUCAAGAAUCCUCAGAUGCCUCCAGUGCUCCCCAGGAACCUGUGCGGCUCACGGGUGUCCCAGCUGCCAUGGAAUUCAUUGCUGCUGCUGAGGUGGCUGUCAUAGGCUUCUUCCAGGAUUUAGAAAUACCAGCAGUGCCCGUAUUCCAUGGUGUGGUGCAAAAAUUCCAAGACGUGUCAUUUGGAAUCAGCACUGAUCCUGAGGUUCUGGCUCACUACAACAUCACUGAGAACACCAUUUCUCUCUUUCGUCUGGUGGAUAAUGAACAACUGAAUUUAGAGAGUGAAGACAUUGAAAACAUUGAUGACACCAGAUUAAGCCGUUUUAUUGAGAUCAACAGUCUCCACUUUGUGACAGAGUACAACCCUGUGACUGUGAUUGGCCUAUUUAAUAGCAUGGUUCAGAUUCAUCUUCUCCUGAUGAUGGACAAGGCCUCCCCAGAGUAUGAAGAAAGCUUGCACAGAUACCACAAGGCAGCUAAGCUCUUCCAGGGGAAGGAAAACUUCAACACCUUCAAGGUUACUAUAUUGAACUACAUGACCUGUUCAAUGAUACUUUUUAUUCUGGUGGACAGUGGUGUGAAGGAAAAUGGGAAGAUGAUAUCAUUUUUCAAACUAAAGAAAUCUGAACUGCCCGCUUUGGCAAUUUACCGGACUCUAGAUGAGGAGUGGGAUACACUGCACGUGACAGAAGUUUCAAUAGAGGGCGUGCAAAACUUUUGUGAUGGAUUCCUAAAAGGGAAAAGGCUGGUAAGUGUGAGACUACAGGGAAGGCAAGUUGAAUGUUCUUCCUUUCUAUGUCUCUAUUAUUCCUAUUGAAUAAAAACUCUUUGGGCUCCACUGGAUUUGAUUAAGAACAAAGGUAUAUGAGGACACAGUAGACAGAGUUGGGGUGCUUUUUAGGAGAUAGUCAUGGAGAUAGAACUGCAAAAGCGUUUUGGGAAAGGUCUUGCCUAUUCAAAAAGAGCUGAAUUCUGUAUUUCACCAUUCUAUGUACAAUAUCAAUAGGAAACAAAUUCCAUAUAAAGAGCUCAUAAGACAAAAAUUGCAGGUAGAUUUAGGACUUCCAGGGGUGGACUCCAAAUCUAAAUAUCAUGUCUUGGCAUUUUUCAGAGUGAAAAUCAUGACUCAGAAGAAAAGACUCAAAAGGUGGAACUCUAAUUUUCCCCCAAUACUUCCUCAUACCAACAAGCAU